UCUCAAAUCUCAAGCUAGCAUUCAGUAUGCUCUGCCUUGAUUCGAGACAAACUGUGUGUAUGUUUGUCAAACAAAGAAAGAGAGAGGGAAAAGGAGUUAAUUAACAAUAAUAAGAGAGGUAGAGGAUGAUAACGGCACAAGAUUUCUACAAGGUCAGCUGCGCAAUUGUUCCACUAUACUUUGCAAUGCUGGUGGCCUAUGCCUCUGUCAAAUGGUGCAAAAUAUUCUCACCGGAGCAGUGCUCUGGCAUCAACCGCUUCGUGGCGGUGUUUGCGGUUCCGGUGCUGUCUUUCCACUUCAUAUCCCAAAACAACCCUUACCAGAUGGACACCAAGUUUAUAUUGGCUGACACUUUCUCCAAGCUUUUGGUUCUUGCUUUGCUCUCAUUAUGGUCUAUAUUGUUUAAGGCGGCAGGAGGGCUUGACUGGCUUAUCACGAUUUUUUCUGUCGCCACUUUGCCAAACACAUUGGUCAUGGGCAUCCCUUUGCUCAAGGCCAUGUAUGGCGAUUUCACACAGUCCCUCAUGGUUCAAGUGGUUGUGCUUCAAUGCAUCGUAUGGUACACACUUUUGCUCUUUCUCUUUGAGUAUAGAGCAGCCACUCUACUCAUCCAAACCCAGUUCCCUGGCCCCACCGCCGCAGCCAUAACAAAGUUCGAAAUCGACGAUGACAUUAUCUCCCUGGACGGCCGGAACCCCCUUUGCACCGAGUCUGAAACCGAUCAAAAUGGGCGUAUCCGGGUCCGAAUCCGGCGCUCUACCUCAUCAGUCCCCGGCUCCUCAGCUCUAUCAUCCUCGAUGGGCCUCACUCCCAGACCAUCAAACCUCUCCAACGCGGAAAUAUUCUCAAUCAACACACCUCACCACCAUGCAAACCUUGAAUGCACUUUGGGAUCUGGUGACGUGGCCUUUGGGUAUCGAUCUACCAGCCCUCAACUCUCCGCCGGGUACGCGUCCUCGGACGCGUAUUCCCUGCAGCCAACUCCACGUGCUUCAACUUUCAAUGAAAUUGACACGACCACAUUCUCCACCACCGCCAAUACCCCGGUGUGGGCCAGGUCUCCGGCGACGGGGAGAUUUUCACAGCAACCGUCUCCGACAUUUAACGGCGUGAAGAUGGUAUGGGAGUCACCUGCGAAGUGUCAGGGUGAUGAUCAGAGACAAGGAUAUUUCAAAGAGGUUGGAGAGAAAGAAAUUAGCUUUAGAGACUGCACCAAAAUCCCAAUGCCGGAGGUGACGGAUGCGAAGGUCGAAGCAGCUGCUAAUCAAGAAAUGCCAAGUGCCCCAGUCAUGCUAAGGCUUAUACUAAUCAUGGUUGGAAGAAAGCUUUCCCGCAACCCAAACACAUACUCAAGUGUGUUAGGCCUUGUCUGGUCUCUCAUCUCAUUCAAGUGGGAUGUAGGGAUGCCGAGUUUGGUGAAAUAUUCCAUAAAAUUGAUAUCAGAUGCGGGUCUGGGGAUGGCUAUGUUCAGUUUAGGGUUGUUUAUGGCCCUUCAGCCUCGUAUUUUAGCGUGUGGCGCAAAAAGGGCAACAAUGGGGAUGGUGGUCCGAUUUAUUUGCGGGCCUCUUCUAAUGUUUGCUGCCUCUGCCGCUACUGGUCUUAGAGGAGUAAAACUACAUGCUGCCAUAGUCCAGGCAGCGCUUCCACAAGGAAUAGUACCAUUUGUCUUUGCAAGGGAAUACGGUUUGCAUCCAGACAUUUUAAGCACAGGGGUUAUCUUUGGUAUGUUAGUUUCCUUACCAGUGACGCUCCUCUAUUACAUACUUCUAGGCUUAUAUUAACUGAGGAGAAAGAAGAUUAUGAAAGGCCUGCAUUUUCAGUGGAUUAAAGCAACAUGGAGUAUCCAAAGCUAACUAUGUUCUUAAAUACAUUAUGUCCUCUAAUUGUCUAAGGACCAAACUCCAGAGUGUUAUGAGAAAAUUAGAAUGUGACAAAUUAUGAAGAUGUUUUCAGGGCUCUACUAAUGACCUGAGGGGUCUGGUGUCGUAGUAGUACAUGGACUAGUGGUAGCCGAAAGGAAGAAGGAUAUCAUGGCUUAUGAUGAAGUUAGUAGACUUAUUUUUCUUCUUGGGGAUGGGUAAAGUUUCCACAACCAUGAAUUUUGACUCAAGAAAGAAAAAAAGGCAAAAUCAUGUUGCUCCUACUAUUUUUCUUCUA